AAAUAGAUAAAAACCUUAUCCUCUCUCUCUCUCUCUCUCGACCAUGGCGAUUUCUACUAUUCUCUGAGAGUCUGUGAUUCAAGAAAAAAAAACCGGAAGUGAGGAUUUAAAAAAAAACCGUGAUUUUCAGACCAAAUCGGUAAGAGAUACCUGGUUUGUGUCUUUUACGGUGAUGGAGAUUAUGUCAGGAGGACCUAGGUUCUCAAUCGAGGUCUCGGACUACGGAAACGAUCAGCCGGCGGCGACGGAGAAGGCUUCCUCCUCAUCCUCUUACGGUGACACGGUGAACGAGGACGAAGCCGGUUUGAGUCGAAUCUGGUCAGGGAAGACGGUGGAUUACUCGUCGGAAAGUUCGUCGUCGAUCGGAAGUCCGGGAGACAGCGAAGAAGACGAAGAAAGUGAAGACGAAGAGUUAGGGUUGUCUUCAAUGAGCUCUCUAGAAGAUUCCCUCCUCAGCAAAGGGUUAUCGAAUCACUACAAAGGGAAAUCGAAAUCGUUUGGGAAUCUAGGAGAGAUCGGGAGUGUUAAAGAAGUACCAAAGCAAGAGAAUCCAUUGAACAAACGAAGAAGGUUACAGAUCUGUAAUAAGUUAGCAAGAAGAUCGUUCUACUCUUGGCAAAACCCUAAAUCUAUGCCUCUUUUUCCGGUCAGCGAAGACCACGAUGAGGAGGAUGAAGAACUCAAAUCUAGUGAUGAAGAGCGAGGAGGAGGAGGAGGAGGUGUUUUUGCGAGGAAACCUUCGUUCAAGAACAGAGCAUUCAAGUCUCAGAGCUGUUUUGCACUCUCGGAUCUGCAGGAAGAAGAAGACGAUGAUGAUGAUGAUCAAUAAUGCAAAUCGUUUAUCUUUUUUCUUUUCUUUUGUUCAUAGUUUAUUUUUUCUUUGUUUUCUCUUAAUUUCUUUUCGUCGCGCGAAUUAAUGUUCUUUAUUUAAUUCGGGAAAUUAGUUAUAUAUUAUGUCGACGGGAGAAAAGCAAUGAACCACGUUAGUGUUUGAUUCUUUAA